CAGUGAGUUUCCAUCAGCCGACACCGACUCGGUGACCGCUCACGCGGGAGCCGUUCUAGCGUAAAAACGUGAAACCGGAUAACAAGAGGACAUAGCGACAGCGGAACAUUCUGUUGGCGCGUGCAGCGGUACAAGGCCUACGCAGCACUCCGCAGUUCGCCAUGGCCUCGCUGUCAGAAAAGGCGUUGUAUUUCUGGGACUGGCGGUGGUUGACGACUUCCUUGGUGUUCCUGAUGUCCUUCCAUCUGGUGCGUUUCUAUCGCAAAGUAUCCAAGUACCCCAAAGGACCUUUCCCUCUGCCUCUCGUGGGAAAUCUUCUGAGCUUACGCGGCGAGACGCCGCUCCACUUGAAGGCAGAACAGUGGCAUCGAAAGUAUGGCGACCCGUUCACGAUGUGGAUGGGAGAAAAGCCCAUGGUGAUGUUGAACUCGUACCAGGUGCUGAGGGAAGCCUUUGUCGACAAAAGACACGAAUUCGCCGGACGUUUUCCGACGAAGAUAGGUGCUCUGCAGACGCGUAGCAACCACGGCAUCCUGUUCGAAGAUUACAAUCCAAGUUUUAAAGCCCUCAAGAAAGUUACGCUGACUGCAGUCAGGAAAUACGCCUCGAGCGACUCAGUGGCAACACUCUGCGUUGAAGUGGUAGAUACCUACGUGGACUCUCUACGGAAAGGACCGAAUACUGUAGACUCCAAGGAUCCGUUCAUGUUCAUUGUAUUCAACAUCGUCGGAACGUCCGUCUUCGGAACAAAGUUUGACAGGGAAAAUCCUGAGGUGGUCCGGUUACGGCAAAUUACCGAUCGUUUUUCCGAGGUGGCACCCAAUGGCCUACCCAGCGACAUCAUGCCCUGGCUCGGAAUCUUGUACCGAAAAACAGAGAAAGCAAUCGAAGGCCUCUUCUCCGAGUUCACUGAGUUAAUCGAAGUGCUUUACAAGAGGGCCGUGGACUCCUAUAUUCCAGGGACGAUAGGAAACUUCACUCACUCAAUGCUGGCGGAACGAGACGAGGCACUUCUGCAAGAAAAAAGUGACGCCCAGCACCUCACCGAAGCCAGCAUGGUCCAGAUACUCUUAGAAAUUUUCGGAGCGGCGACUGACACCUCUCUGGGAGAACUGCAGUGGUUAUGUCUGACGAUGACCCGAAAACCCGAAGUCCAGGCAAGGAUCAAACGAGAAAUUGAAUACCACCUUGGUCAAACACCGCCGACCUUACAAGACAAGGAGAAACUCCCAUACACCGUUGCCUGCCUCUACGAGACACUUCGUUUUUACCCCAUUCUUCCCAUGGGCUUUCCGCACAACACAACUUGUGACACGCAUGCAGGCGGCAAGUUCAUCCCCAAGGACACAGGUGUUUUCUACAACAUCCACGCAGUGAACCACGAUCCCGCUCUCUGGAAGGAUCCAGAUGUCUACAGACCCGAACGCUUCCUAGAUCCCGCGACAGGGAAGCUGAACCUGGAAGGCCUGCCUCCGCUCCUCACGUUCGGUCUGGGCCCCAGGACGUGUCCUGGGGAGAAAUUAGGUCACGUGAAGAUGUUUUGCGUGCUCGUGCGGCUCAUGCAGCGCCUCAGCUGUAGCGUGCCUGCGGGGACCUUGAGCAAGGACAUAAAAGAACUCGGCUCCAGUUUUUUCCUAAAGGCAGCAGUACAGGAAAUUGUUUUUACACGGCGGUACUGAAUGAUGGUGCAUUAAACAAAAUUCAACGCCAGU